AUGUCUUCGUCAAGAAUCCACCGUGUUACACUUUUCAAGAUCCCGUCUAAGGAGGAUCAACAACGGCUAAUCGAUGUCUACCGGGAUAUGCCAACAAAAGCACUGAAGAACGGCAAACCAUACAUUAUUUCAGCCACCGUAGGUCCCACCUAUGACGACGCGAGGAAUCAAGGCUACACGCUUGCCGCACUGUCCGUAUUCGAAUCGGAGGAGGAUAUGAAGUUUUACGACAAUGAGUGCAGUGCUCACGGAGAUCUAAAGAAAGUUGCAAAGACUUUACAUCAAGGCGCGAUGAUGGUGUACUUCUCAAAUGCCAUAUAA